GUGAGUGAUGGAAUAAAGAUUUACAACUCGAAACGUUUAUGAAAUUACAAAGAAUAAGUGCAAACAAAAUUUGGGAAAUCGUUUUUGACGUUAAACAUUGGAAAAGUUGUUUUUCAUGGCUUUCCUCAGCUUCUUCAUCGUUGCUGUAAUUCUUUUGGCAAAGUUACGCGUCGAAGGUUCAGGUACUGCUUGUGAAAUAGAAGAGUUUAGGUGCUCCGAUCAUCAAUGUACGUUUAAAGAUUGGGUUUGUGAUGGCGACAGUGACUGUGAUAAUGGACGCGACGAAGAUAAAGAAAUUUGUGCAGAAAGGAAAUUGGACUGCAAGAGUCAGAAUAAGUUUUCCUGUGGCACUCGUUGCAUUCCAUUUCAUUGGCAUUGUGAUCAUUACGAAGACUGUGAUAAUGGACAAGAUGAGAAAGGCUGCAAUUACAGUCGAUCAUGUAGCAGUGAGGAGAUACCAUGUUAUAAUAACACUGUUCCAUGUGUACGCAAGUCAUGGCUCUGCGACGGUGAGGCCGAUUGUCCAGAUGGACGAGAUGAACGGAAUUGCAGUGUUUCGUGUCCUUUGUGAAGUAUUCAUGUGAUGAUGGCUUGACAUGUAUUUCAAAAGAUUUACUUUGUAAUGGAAAUAGAGAUUGUCGUGAUGGCGCAGAUGAAAUGGAAUGCUCAAUGAAUGUGACAAAACCAUGUUCAGUUGGCCAGACCCGAUGUGCUGAAACUGAUGAAUGUGUUCCUCUGACAUAUUUAUGCGAUGGUGACAGUGAUUGCGCUGAUGGUUCAGACGAAUCACAUGAUGUUUGUG